AUAUCCGAAACCAUCUUUCUAUAUUUAGAUUGUGAGGUUCGAAAAUUUUAUCCACGUAGUGUCAGUUCAGAAUUUAUGCAGAUAUUUCAUAAAAUUUUAUUGGAGCAAUUAUGGUCUACAAAGUGUAUCAUUAAAUUCCAUUUUGAUUUACUGGUUUCAAGGUUCAAGUAUAACCCCAAGUAAUCAUUACAACUACAAUGCCAGCUUCAAGUUAUAAGAUGUCAUUGUUUAAUGUGAGAACUUUGCAUUCGUGACACUUGAUUACUAUUAUGUAAAAAUUGGAAAAAUGCUCAAACGUGUCGUACAGUAUAAGUGCCAAAAAUGUAUUACGUUUUGUAAAAACUAAUAAAUACACAAUACAUAGAAGCUGGAAGCCUAAUACAAGAGAUUCUGUACUCAAUAAACAAAAUGUGCGCACGACUGUUGGCGUGCCCGUUGUGUUCUCAGCCUGGAUUUCUAACACUCGAUGCACUACGAGCUGGACUAGUGAGUGUAGCAACUCGACCCCUCGUAUGUCCUGUUUGCAACGAGGUGCUACUAGGAAUAGAUAAAUUAACUAUACAUCUGUUUGGUCAUACGAUCAAUCUGAAUAAUAAUGCAGCGGAAUCAUCUAAGCAUACCACAACUUCCAAUGAGCAUCUGGUUGCAGUUCACAAUGCACACAAUAUCGCUUUACAAGACUGGAAUGUAUUGAAGACACAACAAACAGGCAAAACGCAAACUCCGAGUGACGACAACAGGACUUGUGCGGAGCCGUCAGACAUCGGUAUAUCGAAUGCGGACAAUAAAAUCUCCAUUAUAAAUUCUCAAGUGCAAAAUCAAGACUCAGUGAAAAGUGCGAGUCAAUACGAUCUCACAGCAGAUUAUAAUUAUGACGUGAUAAAAGUAAAUAUCAUGCCGCAAUCGAAUGAAGAUCAAGAUGCAGUGCUAAGAUCAACCACGAAUUUGCAGCAAGGAGUAUUGAGAACAAAUUGUGCACUGCAAUACCUUUGUAAUGACAAUACGAAGCGCUUAAAUGUAUCUCAGGAAGACGCACAGGCAGAGAAAACGAUUGUACCGGAUUUAAUAACUGUGACAAAGGUGGCGGAAGCUAUAGACACCAAUAUCUUUGGGAAUAUUGAAGAAGAAUGCGUGGAGUCGAAUAGUGGCCGACAUUUCGCGAAGGAAGGACUGAUGACAAACUUGGUCGACAAAGAAAGUGACUUGUCUAAUUUUCAGUCGAUUCAAAAUGUAAUGCCAGGUGCAUCGUCAGAAGAAUGCAAUAAUAAGGAAAGUUUAUUCAACGCAAAGGAGACUAUGCUCAAGACAAACGCGGAAAAUCAAGAUUCGAAAUACACGAGUAUGCUGGCGUGCAGUAGUAAAGUUUUUCGAACCAUAGCGUCAAAAGAAAAAACGGAAAGAUGUAACAUAUGCGGCUUCCACUUUCCUGACACUAAUAUACUGACUUUGCAUAAGCAAUUAGUGCACGAGCAAAAUUCAAAAAAUAUCCCGGGGAGAGCUCUAAAAAAUUUUUCAUGCCACUUGUGCUCGAAAGUGUUCAAAAUGAGAGGCAGUUUAAUGGUGCAUAUGAGAGUGGCGCAUAUUGGACACAAUACAGGUUCUCUGUUCAAAGACGGCCAGAUUGAACUUGCAUGCAGCGAUGCUGAAUACACCUGUCCUACGUGCGGAAAGAAAUUUAAAAAAGAGCAACAUGUAAUACAGCAUCUGAAAACCCAUGAAGGCAAACAGUGGGAAUGUGAUACUUGCAGUAAGAUGUUUACAACAAAGUAUUUUUUGAAGAAGCACAAACGACUGCAUUCGGGGGAGAUGCCGUACAAAUGUAAAAUAUGUGACAAAAGUUUUACCUUUCAACAAUCUUACCACAAACAUAGACUUUAUCACAAAGAUGAUAAACCUCACACUUGUGCAACUUGUGGCAGAUCAUUCAAAGAACUUUCUACAUUGCACAAUCAUGAAAGGAUUCACACUGGAGAGAAGCCAUUUGCGUGUGAAACGUGUGGAAAAUGUUUCCGUCAGCGUGUUUCGUAUUUAGUUCACCGUCGUAUUCACACAGGAGUGAUGCCUUAUAAAUGCACAAUGUGUGAUAAAAAUUUCCGAUAUAAGGUGAGUCAAAGGACUCACAAAUGCCCUGCACAAACAUCAGGCAACAUCCAACAAUUGUCUGACACAAUUGCACAGGAGGCUGACGACAAAACAAUCAGACAGCAAACAACCAACACUUUAAAAGAUAAUCAAUCCUUGAUGAACAUUGUCGAUAAUGAAGAAAAUAAAUUUGUACUGAUAAUAAAUGCCCAAGGACAACAUGUUUUAGCACUGCAGUCAGAGAUAAACAAUGUAACUUUGGAGAGAAAAGAGCAAAAGAUGGAAUUUAGAGAUAAUGAUGUAAACAAAGAUUCAACAGGCAAAGUAUGGAGUGCAAAUAAUUCCAAUUCUGUAGAACUCAAAGAAUCUGCAGAAUCAGUUAAGAAAGUACAAUCAGAUAACGAGAAGAUUAACAUGAAAAACACAAAUGAUUUCUUUUCAAUGGUGAUGUCACCUCUCAAAAGUAGCAUAUCAUCGCCUACUUUUGAAAUGGAGCACUUGAGAGUGUCUUCACCUAAGCAGAAAGAUAAUUCGAUAGAUUCUUACACAGAUUUCCCAGAAGUCUCUGACAAUGCACAGAUAAAUAUAGUGGAGCCAGGUAUAGAACAGAGCUUCGGUUGCGGCAAAGACGUUAACAAUUCUUUACAAACCAUAAAUGAAGAAUCAUUAAAAGAAUUGUUAUAUGGUAUGGAUAGAAAAUAAAAAGAAUUAUACAUUUGGUUUAACGUGAUAGUACAAAUUAACGAUAUAUUAACAUUGUCCAUCAAUUUUAGACAAAUAUAUAGAGAAUAGAUUAUAAUUAAUAUUUAUUUUAGAUGUAAAACUGUGAUGUGAUUGUGUUGUAACAUUGAAUUAUCUUUAUAUAUUAAUUAUAUGAAUGAUAAUACAAGUCAAUAGAUAAC